AUGCUUUUGAAGCAUUUGUUUGCAUCUGCGGUGCUGUCAUGGAGCGUGGUCAGCGCCGUGCCUAGUCUGAACUUUGAUGGCCAGAAUGCUGCUGAUCUGGCUAUCCGUACAGACUGUGGACGGGAUGCUAGCUACGAUCAUGGCAGCAACUGCUGCGUCUGCACAAAGAAGGAUAUGAAGUAUGACGACAAGUCCAAGAGCUGCAGCUGCCCUAGUGGCACUUCCUGGAACGACAAGACUUCUCACUGUGAGAACUCUUGUGGCAACGAUGCCACCUACGACAGCAACAGCCAUUGCUGCGUCUGCAAUAAGAAGGGAAUGAACUACGACGACAGAUCUAAGUCUUGCAGCUGUCCUUCCGGCACCUCUUGGGAUGGUAACUCCUGCUCCCAUGACUGUGGCAGGGACGCCCACUACGACGAAAAGAGCAAAUGCUGCCAGUGCAAUAAGUCAGGCAUGAAUUACGACGACAAGUCUAAAACAUGCAGCUGUCCUGCUGGGACCACCUGGGAUGGCCGCUCCUGCUCUCAUGAUUGUGGCAAGGAUGCCCACUACGACGAGAAAUCUAAAUGCUGCCAAUGCAAUAAGCCAGGGAUGAACUACGACGAUAAAUCGAAGACUUGCAGCUGCCCUGCUGGCACCUCGUGGGAUGGUCGUUCUUGCUCCCAUGACUGUGGUAAAGACGCCCACUAUGACGAAAAGAGCAAAUGCUGUCAGUGCAAUAAGCCGGGCAUGAAUUACGAUGACAAGUCUAAGACUUGUAGCUGCCCUGCCGGAACGUCUUGGGAUGGGCGAUCCUGUUCUCAUGACUGUGGCAAGGAUGCCCAUUUCGAUGAGAAAACCAAAUGCUGCCAAUGUAAUAAGCCUGGCAUGAACUACGACGAUAAAUCGAAGACCUGCAGUUGCCCUGCUGGAACGUCUUGGGACGGCCGUUCUUGCUCUCAUGACUGUGGAAAGGAUGCUCAUUACAAUGAUAAGACUAAGUGCUGCGAAUGCAAUAAGCCGGGCAUGAAGUUUGACGAUAAGACCAAAACUUGCAGUUGCCCUGCGGGAACAUCUUGGGACGGCCACUCUUGCUCUCAUGAUUGUGGCAAAGAUGCUCACUACAAUGAGAAGACCAAGUGUUGCGAAUGCAACAAGCCAGGCAUGCAGUUCAAUGAUAAGACCAAGACUUGCAGUUGCCCAGCUGGUACUUCUUGGGACGGCCACAAAUGCUCACACGAUUGCGGCAAGGAUGCUCACUAUAACGACAAGACUAAGUGCUGCGAAUGCAACAAGCCUGGUAUGAUUUUUGAUAGUCACUCCAAGACUUGCAGCUGCCCGGCUGGUACUUCAUGGAACGGUCGCGGAUGUGUUCAUGAUUGCGGAAAGGAUGCUCAUUACAACCCCAAGUCUAAGUGUUGCGAGUGCAACAAGCCUGGAAUGAUUUUCAAUAGUCAAUCCAAGACUUGUAGCUGUCCCACCGGUACGACUUGGGACGGCCACUCAUGCAAACACGACUGCGGUAAAGAUGCCGACUACAACCCCAAGACCAAGUGUUGUGAGUGCAAGAAACACGGUCAAGUCUUCAAUCAGCAAUCAAAGACAUGCAGCUGCCCUGCUGGCCAGGUUUGGAACGGCUGGAACUGUGUCCACGACUGCGGAAAGGAUGCUUCUUAUAAUCCCAAGACAAAGUGCUGUGAGUGCAAGAAGCCUGGCCAAGUUUUCAAUGAGCAAUCGAAGACAUGCAGUUGCCCAGCCGGUAAGACAUGGAAUGGAUGGAAGUGUGUCGAUAACUGCGGCAAGGAUGCCAACUACAACCCCAAGACUAAAUGCUGUGAGUGCAAGAAGCCCGGUAUGGUCUUCAAUGACCACUCCAAGACUUGCAGUUGUCCCAACGGACAAGUCUGGAACGGAUGGAAAUGUGUUCCCAACUGCGGAAAGGAUGCCUCCUACAACCCCAAGACAAAGUGCUGUGAGUGCAGAAAGCCAGGCAUGGUCUUUGACGACCACUCAAAGACCUGCAGCUGUCCCAAGGGACAAAUUUGGGAUGGCCACAGGUGCAGAGUCGACUGCGGCAAGGAUGCCUGGUAUAAUCCCAAGUCGAAAUGCUGCGAAUGCAAGAAACCCGGCAUGAACUACAACAAAGACAGCAAGACCUGUGCUUGCCCUUCCGGACAGGUGUGGAACGGACACAGAUGUGAACACAACUGCGGCUCUGAUGCGUCGUACAACGAUCACAAGAAGUGCUGUGUCUGUCACAACCCUUCCCUGGUCUUUGACUCACAUACCAAGAAGUGCCACUGCCCAGCUGGAAAGGUCUGGAACGGCUGGAAGUGUGUCCCUGACUGCGGCAAGGACGCCAAGUAUGACGACCACAAGAACUGCUGCGUCUGCCGCAACCCCGGCAUGGUGUUUGACUCCCGCAGCAAGACUUGCUCGUGCCCUCACGGGCAGAAGUGGAAUGGCCGCAGGUGCCAGAAGGACUGUGGCUCAGACGCAUCGUACGAUGAUGGGAAGAAGUGCUGUGUCUGCCAUAAGAAGGGCUACAAGUUCAAUGAUUCCAACAAGAAGUGCGGCUACUAG